AUGGCUUCACCACCCCACAUUCCGAAUCUGAACAUGCCGCGAAAGCGCGGGAGCAUAUCCUCCCUCAACGGCGCUCCAGCAAAGAAGCGCAAACCGUCACACCUCCGCAAUGCCUUCUCGCCAGAAUCAGAAGGCGUCGGCUCACCUCUGAGAUACUCGCGCUCUCCUUCGGUCGAUAGUGUAGCCACCACAUCGGUGAUCAACGGUGGAGGUGGAAAGAAGCGCAAGAAGAAGGGGGAUGGAGACAAUGCCAGCGUUGUGAGCAGCAGACGAGGAAAGGGCGCGGAUGGCGGCAGUGUUGUUGGCGGUGACGGCGCAGAUGGUGCAGAUGGUGGAGAGUACGAAGACGACGACGAUGAGGACGACAUGGGCGUAGAGAUGGACAUGGCAGUCGAGGAAGGUGGCAUGAGCGCUGAAGACCGGCGGAAUCAAGAGAAAGAACAUGAGCGCAUGCUCAUGGAAUUCAUGACGCCCCUCCAACUCGAACGCUACGCAACCUACCGCCGCAUCCGCCUCAAGCGCGAAACCGUCCGCAAGCUCGUCAACCAAACCCUCUCCCAAUCCGUCCCACAACCCGUCAUCAUCGCCGUAACGUCUUAUGCGAAAUCCUUCAUCGGCGACCUCAUCGACCGCGCCCUCACUGUCCGCGACGAAUGGACCCUCGCAUCCACACAUCUUCCCAACGGCGCCUUACCUCCCUCCGUCCUGAUGCAGUCCCUCCAGCGCCCAUCCGCACAUAUCAAGGACGAGCGCAAUCGUCCGACGAAUCAGGACAUAACGUCUGCCGGCAUGUAUCUGAAUCAGGUGGAUCGCACGGACACGCUGUGGAAGGAGAUCAACGAGGACGAAGGAUUGCAGGAGAGGUUGAAGCAGAGUAAUAAGGGUCCUUUGACGCCGGCACAUCUCAGAGAGGCGCUGAGGCGGUACAAGUUGGAUAGAGAUGGAGGGGGCGCCGGGUUCGCGGGGAUGAGUCUUGAGGGGGUGGAGAGGACGAUGGCGAGGACGGGAGGGAAGAGGUUAUUUCGAUAA